AUGUAUGGGGUUAGACCAUCAGGGCAGUUCGGCGGCCUCGCUGAACUCGGCGGAGCGCCCCUCAUCAUCAUACAGGACCAGCAAGAGAAAAAGAGACUGACCGGGCACGAAGCACAUAAAGCAAACCUCAUGGCGGGCAUUAAGGUAGCGGAGACGGUGCGUACGUCAUUCGGACCUAAGGGGAUGGAUAAGAUAGUGAUAUCGCAGGACGGUGAUGUGGUGGUAACGAAUGACGGUGCGACGAUUUUGAAGAAGAUGCCGGUAGAGCACGAGUGUGCCCGUUUGUUGGUAGAACUGUCACAGUCGCAGGAUGACCAGAUCGGUGACGGGACUACGGGUGUGGUGAUUUUGGCUGGUGCAUUGUUGCAGAAGGCGUUGAAAUUGCUGGAUAAGAAUCUGCAUCCGAUAAAAAUUGCGAACGGGUUCGAAAAGGCGAGUCGGGUAGCGAUUGCGCGCUGUGAAGAGGUUGCGAGCAGACUGAGCCUGGAGGACGAAGAGGCACUGGUCAAAGCGGCGAAAACGUCGCUGUGUAGCAAGGUGGUCUCAUCGGAGAGCGAGAAGCUUGCGCGCAUCGUGGUCCAGGCCGUCCUGGCUGUCGCAGACAAAGAGCGCGGAGAUGUCAACUUGGAUUUGAUCAAGGUGGAGUACAAACCCGGCGGCCGUCUGGCGGAUACAAAGUUGGUCGAUGGCAUUGCGCUGGACAAGACGUUUUCGCACUCACAGAUGCGUACCGAAAUCCAGGACGCGAAAAUCGCCAUUUUGACCUGUCCCUUCGAACCGCCUAAACCCAAGACCAAACACAAGCUCACCGUGAAGAGCCGCGAGGCGUAUAAAGAGCUGGUGGACAAGGAGCAGGAGUACUUCAAGGACAUGGUGGCCAAGGUCAAGGCCUCGGGCGCCAACGUGGUCAUGUGCCAGUGGGGCUUCGAUGACGAAGCGAACCACCUGCUCUUCCAAAACGACCUGCCCGCAGUCCGCUGGGUCUCGGGCAAUGAGAUCGAGCUCAUCUCCCUGGCCACUGGAGGACCGAUUGUGCCGCGGUUUGAAGACCUGACGCCCGAGAAGCUCGGCACGGCCAAGUGUGUGCGCGAAAUCAGCAUGGGCACCGAAGACGACCGUCUCGUCCUCGUUGAAGGUUGUCCAGGGGGUCGCGCAGUCACCAUCCUGAUCAGAGGCAGCAACCUCAUGGCCACCCAGGAGGCCAAACGCUGCAUACACGACGCGCUUUGUGUCGUACGCAACCUCGUAGCCGAUACACGCGUGGUCCCCGGCGGCGGCGCCGUCGAAACAGCCUGUUCGCUUCGGGUGCUGGAAGAAGUUAAAAAGACUACCGACCUGGACCAACACGCCAUGGAGGCCUUUGCAGAAGCACUCAUGGCCGUGCCCGAAGCUCUCAGCGAAAACACCGGCCUAAACGCUGUCGAAACUCUCGGCAAAUUACGCGCCGAACAACUCAAUCAAAAGAACCCAAAUCUCGGGGUCGACUGCUAUCAAGGACAAGUCACCGAUAUGCUCGCCAACCAAGUAUACGAAAGCCUCAGCAGCAAGACACACCAAAUCGCGCUCGCCACACAAGUCGUCAAAAUGAUCCUCAAAAUCGACGAUAUCAUCGUACCCAAUUCAGACCAAUAG